AUUGGGAGUUGAUAGAUGGCGAGACCUUCAACCGGUGUGACCCCAACAUCUGAUUGAGAUUUUGAAAGUUGAUUGUUUACUAAAUUGUGAUUAACAAAAUCUUAAUCUUUUUGUAGUUAAUUUAAUUUGAUUUGAUUGUUUAAUCAAUUGUGUUUUGGUCCAUUGUUUGUAGGAGGAAAAGAGAGAGAGAGAAAAAAAUAAUACGAGAAAACGAUUAUGUAAACAAAAUCCUUUUCUCUUUGUGUUUUCUGUUCCUCAUCAACAUCUAUUGGCAUCUCUCUGUUUACUAAAUGUAAUUAUUACAAUCAGUUUAAUGAUGUUGAUUGUUCAUACGUCUUUCCCUUUCAUAGGUUACGUCAAUUGUGUUAAAUUGAUCGAUCAUCAAUGGUAUAACAAAUGAUUCUACGGGAAUAACGUUUAACUUACUAUUCAAAUCUCCUCUCAAAAAUGAUUGAGGAAUUAUUUCAAAAUCAUCAACAGUUGAUCAGCGUCUUUGGAAUUUCAAUUUGUUUUAAUCGAUUUUCUAUUCUUUUUAUGGAAAAACAAAGAAAAGAGAAAAAAAACAUUCUGAGUAAACAUGGAAAUCUCAUGGAAAAUUAUUGAAAAUGAAGAGCGGAAAUAAACCAUUCGGAUAUCUUUUCUCUUCCCAAACAAUUAACUGUUCAUGAUUAAUAUUGAUGAUCGCUGAUCAAUGGGCUAACCACAACAGUAAACAUUUCCAUCAUCAAAUUGAUCAUCUUAAUAAUCUUGAUUUUUUCUCCUCUUCAAAUCAAACUGAUGAGAUUAAUUUUUAGUUUUUUGUUUUUAAAUUUUUCAUUCUAAUGAUUAAUUUCAACUGAUCAUCAAAUUCAAAUGAACGAAAGAUCAAAGUCAAUGAUUGAUUAAGUGAUUAACCUUGGAUGACAUUGGAAUUAUAUCAAUUACGUGAUAAUUACCCACUGAUAAUUUACAUGGAGAUGGAUUUGGUCUAGACGUUUAAUCACAAUUGAAAACUAGAAUCAAGAUUAUAUACAAUUUAAAUUGUAAUAAUCUAAACUACUAACCGAGUUUUGUUUCUUCAUUUGUCAAACAAUUUAGAUUCAGUAUCAUGAUUAUUUAUCUUUGGUUGAAUUUGGUUUUCCUGUUUUUCUCAAAAUGGAAAUUUUUUUACUUGGAAACAACAAUCAAGAGACAAUUAGAGAUAAAUUAACUAAUUGGCAUCACUGAUCACGUUUUCUCUUUAAUCUUAUAACCUUGUUAUUGAACAAUUAGAGUAAUCAAACAAACUGUGGUUGGAACAAAUUGUCAACAGUAAAUUAAACAAGCGAUUCCAAUGAUUAUUUAAAUCAGUGAGGUGAAGAUGGAGAUAGACAAUAACAAACAUGUUCUGAAUUUACACAAUCACCUAUGGAAAAGGAAAUUCCCAUUUACAUUUUAUGUAUUUGAUUAACCGGUAAUCACUAAUUGUAAAGACUAAAUUACCAAGGUUUUCAGUGAAUUACUCUAAUUAGCCAAGAAUUAGAUGGAAAAUCAAAUCAAACCAAAUUAACUGGAUUCUUUCAACAUUAGAUUGGCAACAUCAUCUAUCAUAUUUAAACCGAUCAUCAUCCAAUUGUUGUGAUAGCAAACACAAUUAAUCUCAUUCAGCUUACAUUGAUAACUAAACAAUUCUAAUUCUUAAUCACAAUCAACAACAAUCAAUUUUUACUUUCAAUCAUUGAAAUGUUAUAAGUGACACAUUGAUGAUAGAUAAUAAAAAGAUAACGGAAACAAUUAAAAAGAUGACUAACAGCAAGUCAAUAAACAGCAUUUCCAAUCCACAGGUGAAAUAUCAAUUAUGAUGGAAAUCAAUUAAAUUUAAUCAGCAAUUAAAAUUAAUUUCUUAAUCAACAAUUAACUCUCUAAUCGACACAAUCGCUUUUCUUAAUUGCCCGAAAAACUUUAAUGAUUAACUUUUUUGAUUGUUAUUGGAAAGAAAUCAAGUCGAUGCUUAUUUUCCUUCACCUGACAUUUCAAUUAAAUUGGUUCGUCAUUAAUAUUGAAACAAUUGAUUGUUGGUUUAAUUGUCUAAACCUCAGCAAUUUAAUGUAUUGUAAGUUAAUUUGAUUGAUAUGGAUCAAAUUUUCAUGAUGAUUUGAUUUCACUGUUCACACCUUUGAUUGAUUUAAUAAUGAUUAAAAGGCGAAGAUAAAUUCAGUUAAUAAAUCUUGUUCAUCUUUCAAUUGAGACAAAUUAAUUGUGAUCAAUUUAUUUUUUCUUCCCCAAUUAACUAAUCAUCAUGUUAAUCUAUUUCCUUUUAACUUUUAACAGUUUCCAUUUGAUUCAAUCAACAAUAACAAAUUUAUCAAUAGUCAAUGAAAUCAACAAUGAGAACGACCUCAUUUGGAAUCAAUUAAGUUACAAAGAAAAUUGGCCUUACAAUCAAUCUAAUCAUGAGAGGAAAUUAAUUAGAAGACAAAAUGUUGCAUCGACUUGUGAUUGUGGCCUCGAGAAUUGGUCAGAUCGGAUUGUCGGUGGAUCUGAGGUUAAUCCAAAGCAUCGGUACCCUUGGUUAAUUGCGAUUAGAUUUGCAGGUCGAUCAAUUAUCUGCGGCGGAGCUUUAAUUGAUUCCCAAUACAUAUUGACCGCUGCCCAUUGUUUGGUCGGACUUGAAGCCAAUGAGAUCGACAUAUUGAUCGGCUGUCAUGAUGUCCGUCGAGUUGAUUGUAAAGUCCAUUCAGUGGAAAGGAUAAUUUCCCAUCCGAAUUACAGUCGUCGUUAUCACGAGAAUGAUAUUGGACUAAUUAAAUUAACUAAUCGAGUUACAUAUUCAUCAACUGUUCGUCCAGCAUGUCUACCGUCCCCCUCAUCAUCACCAGCGGUCAGCGGAUCAAAAAAUCAGCCCUUAAUUGUGGCUGGUUGGGGCUACAUGGAGCAAGGAGGAUUAGCAAGUGAUGUCCUAAGACAUACAACAGUUAAUUAUGUUGAUAAAUCAACUUGUCGAUCAUCAUAUCCAUCAUCUUAUAUCACUGAUAAAAACUUUUGCGCCUCAACAAUUAACUCAGACGCUUGUCAAGGUGAUUCCGGUGGACCUGCAAUGAAACGUAAUCAAUUUAAUCGUAUUGAAUUAACUGGAAUCAUUUCAUUUGGUCGGGGAUGUGGUAACACCGAUUCCCCUGGAGUUUACACCGAUGUAGUUAAAUAUCUUGAUUGGAUUGCAAUUAACUCACAAUUUGCUGGAUGCUUUUCAUCAAACUCUGAUGAUAAUACCAAGGAGAAAAUGAUUUCGGGAAGAUGUGGAUUAGUUAAAUCAAAGGUUCGACAGACUCGAGUUGUUGGUGGUCAAGCAAAUCCACAGAUUAAUUAUCCUUGGACUGCUGCAAUUGGAUAUAAAGGACAAUUAAUCGGAGCUGGAACCUUGAUACAAUCAAAUCUAAUUCUGACCACUGCAUCACUGAUUAGACCAAUAAUUGAAUCUCAUGAUUAUAAUGUUAGACAAUUGUUGGUCAUCUUGGGCGCUUUUGACAUAACCCAACGUGAAAAUGACCGUCGAUCAUUUCAAGUGUCAAGGGUCAUCAUUCAUCCAAAUCAUUCACUGACCAACCGUUAUAAAAAUGAUUACGCCAUUUUAAUUUUAUCCUCAUCAUCUGAAUUUACUCCCAUUUGUUUACCCUCGGCGGAUUCACCUUAUCCUGUAAAUUACAAUGUCCGGUCACUUGGUUGGGGACGGACAACAACAAGUUCAGGUGGAUCAAAUUCAUUGAGAUAUGUUGAUCUUAAAUUAACUGAUCGAUCUAAUUGUUUACAAUAUUAUUCAAACAAUUUAAGUAAUGAUCAAUUCUGUGCUUCCGGAUACAAUAAAGGUCCUUGUAAUGGCGAUGAAGGUGGACCAUUAAUGAUACAAUUUAAUCAACAAUACUAUUUAGCUGGACUCUAUUCCCAUGUCCAUCCAAAUCAACCUUGUGGUCAACAGGGUUCACCAAGUUUAUUUACUGAUACAAGACAUGGACUUGAUUGGAUUCAUAAGAUUAUGUAUUCAAAUCAGUGAUUUGAUUUUGCUGAAUUAAAUUAAACCGAUUUGAGGAAAUCAAAUCAAAAGAGAAACUUUGAAAGUGAUUUGAUAUUUUCCAAAGUUAAUCAGUUAUCGUAAAAGUUGAUAAAGAAAAAGACAAUUAAUGAGUAGGCUGGUAACUGUAAUUGUCCACAAUUUACAAGCAAUCAUAAUAAUCAACCACCGUUCAAGUGACAAUAAGUGUAAAUAAUUUAUGUUCAUAAUAUUUGAACAAUUUGUUAACUAUAAUUGUCCCGUUUUUUUGGUUAAAAAUGUUCACAAAAUGAUGGAUAUCGAGAUGAGGAUAACAACAAAAAAAACGAACCAAAAUUUGAGUAUAAAAAUAUAACAAUUUACUUAUUGUUAAUUCACUCGAAUUUGUCUCAUCUCGUCUUGUGGACUUGUUGUUAUUGUCGAAGGUCGGAUUUUGUCGGUCGACCCUCAGGACUUGGUUAAAGGACAAAAGGACACACAAUAGAUUAGCUUAUUUGCAUGGGCGUUUUUUUCUCUCUCUUUUCGAACUCAUUGUUUUGUCUUUCAUUCGCCGAUCAUAUGUAUACACUUAUACUCCCCCUCGAAAACUGGCCUUGGUCAAUAGUUCGUAAAGGUAACAAAUGAGUAUCUUCCUGUUUUUCUGACUUUUUCUAUUGUUUAUCUCGACAUAUACACGCUCACAGUGAACGGUACAUUACCGACGACAGCCCACUUUUGUUGGCCCGUUUUUAUCGCUCAUUUUCAUAUUAUUACUUUACCAUAAUGAUCAGUUUUUAUCGUGUGUUUGGUUAAUCAAUAUUAAAUUAAAAAGUCCAAUUUUA